GUUGUUAAAUUGUUUUUUUAUUUCUUCUCAAAAACAAAGCUAAAGAAAAUGUCUACACUUAAUCACUGACUGGAGAAAUUAUCACUAAGCAUAGCCUGAACCUGAAGGUGAACUAAACACUGAAUUGAACGCAGUUAAAGCGUUCGGUGGGCCUGUUUGGGCCACCUGUGCCCCAUCAAUCCCCUUCCCCCUUCCAUUUUGGAAAUUUGGUGGCAGUGGCAAUAUAAAUUACACACGUUUUUUGCAAUGACAGAGAAUCAAAUGUAUCCCAUGUCAUCGGAGUUCUUUGACACUGGAUCGAAUAGCAGCAGUAAUACAUUGAAAUACGAUUUAUAUACGUUGGGAUCGAGUGUUGUGGGUGCGGCCCUGCCCACAUUGACCAUUAAUACGGGCUAUGGAAAUAUUAGUAGCAGCAUAAGCAGCAGCAGCAGCAACAACAAUAUUAAUAAUAAUUCCUCAAAUGUGAUGCUCAGUACAACGGCCAUAACCAUACCACGUAGUAAUAAUCCAAAUCAAAGUCAUCCAACUUAUCAUCAUACGAGUCCAUUGAUACAUUCAUUGCCCAAUAGCAUAAUGACCCACCAACAGCAACAACAUUCGUCGCAGCAUCAGCAGCAGCAGCAGCAGCACCAACAACAGGAUCAACUGCAUCAUCAUACGCAACAGCAGUCCAUGCCCUUGGGUGAACUCUCUGAUUUUGGUUUGGAUGCCUUAGAUGCCUCACUGUCGCCCACUCUGUUGCAAGAUGUUAGCCUGAGUGUUGCCUCACCAUUGAAUAAUCAACUUUAUAAUGGCAAUACGGCGAAUUCAAAUGAUCCCGGAACACCUGGAGGUGGAGCCUAUUUCAAUCCCGAUAUAAGCUCCACAUUGAGCCUGAGUGUUGUGGGUGGUCUUAGUGGGGAUCAAUCGUUAAUGUCCAAUGAAUUGCUCUACGAGAUGACACCCAAUUCGAAUGCCAUGUGGAGUGAUAUAAGCAGUGCCAUUGUCUAUACCAAACCGGAGCCAUUUAGUCUUGAUGACGAUUAUAUAUUUCCCAACGAUAAGGCCGAGAUUCAGGCAGCCGAAUUGGCUGAUCUGAAUGGUGGAGAUUUUCUUGAUGUUAUUGGUAAUAUUGAGGAUCUAUUGCCGGCUACGACUGUAUCGCAGAAUGUUAAUUUCUUGCUAUCGCCGCAAGGAGGAUCGCAGCCAGAUGGAACACAUGAUUCAUUGCCCAUGGAGUUGCUUCAACAACAACAACAACAGCAACAACAACAACAGCAGCAGCAGCAGCAACAACAACAACAACAACAACAGAGUGGCAGCCUGCCCCACUUGCAGACGCUACUUACACUCAAUCAGCAGCAGCAGCAACAGACCCAAUCAAGUAGUUCCUCCACUAGUCCCUAUGAGAUCUAUCACAGUACACCCCAAAAGCCAGCCUCACUGGCUUCCAACAGUUUCUCGCCCUCGCAAUCUCCCUUGACCACACCACCACCACCGCCGCCACAUGCCAAUCGCUCUCAAUAUCAAAUGGUCAAAUCGCGUAAUAUGCAGGAAUUGAUAAAGAAAGGUUACCCACCCAUGGCUGGAGGCAUGUCCUCACCAUCGCCGCCAGGAGAUCGCAGUCAACAGACAGCCGCUCUGAGUCCCGGCGGUAGCAGUGGCUUUGGCAGUGCCGCUUCGGCCAAUAGUACAGGUCCUUUGAUCACCACACCCAGUGGCUCUCAGGUGGCACGCAAAUCCUUUGCUAUACAUGGAACAGCCGAAAGCUCACAGCUGAGUCGCUUGAGCAGCUCGGCACCCACACAUUUGGGACUGGAGCAUAUCUGGAUGCGGCGUGAACCGCGUCAGCAUUUACUAUCGACUGGCUCGCUGGCCGAGGCCGAGAGUUUCUCAUCGUUGAGUACGGGCAGUGUCCUCUCACCGGAUGGCAUUGAUUUCUCUCAGGACGAUGACGACGAUAAUUCAAGUGAGAAUAGCGACAACUAUGACGAUUUCAGCAGCGACAAUGGUGGAUCUGGCGAUGAGGAUGAGACACGCACCUCGACACCAAAUCAGUUGUCCUCGAGCAAGGGUAAAGAGCGUUUCUUUUGGCAAUACAAUGUCCAGGCCAAGGGACCAAAGGGCAAAAAGUUGGUCUUCAACUCGUCGAAACUUGAGGAUCCUCAUGUUCUCAACGAAGUCACGGAUCCAGUGUUUAGCCCCACCUGUUCUGUGCGCGGCAUCAAAGUGUACAAACAUAGCGGCAAAGCCCGAAAAGGUGAUGGCAAUGAUUUGACUCCCAAUGCCCGAAAACUGCAUAAUAUUGGCAAAGAGCUGGACAAACUGAGUCGCACCAUCAAUGACAUGACUCCCGUCUCCGAAUUGCCCUUCAAUGUACGCCCCAAAUCUCGCAAGGAGAAGAAUAAGCUGGCAUCGCGUGCUUGUCGUCUGAAGAAGAAAGCCCAGCAUGAGGCCAACAAGAUAAAGCUAUAUGGACUGGAAAUUGAACAUAAGCGUCUCAUCAAUGGCAUUGCUGAGCUAAAGCAGGCCUUGGCUCUUAAGCAUCGGACUCACAGUAUGGGUGAAUCCACGGAGGAGGUGGAUCAACAAAUUACACGCAUUUACACCACAGCCUCAACAGGCAUACGUGUGGCAGGCGGUUCAACUGAUUUUGUGAACAAAGUUCUGGAGAACAUGCGUGGCGGUUUACCAAACGGUGGACUCGAGGAGUUGCGUAAAUCAUCUUAGAGAUCAUGCCAAAUAUAACUAUUGAACCGCCCAUCAAGUUUAGUCUAUUAAGAAAGAAUUUAGAAUUAAAAA